ACAGAGGAAAGUCCUGCUGCUGAAGGGAUCCCUGUGACAGAAUUCUGAGUGCUGGCUGCCUGCUGUACACAAGUUCUAAAGUCAGGGUGAUUUGUGCUGCCAUUCACCUGGCCCUGGCUGGGGCAGCUCUGGGUGAAUGUUCUUGUUCUCUAAAGGAGCUGGGAACCCCCUUUCACCAUAAAGCCUCGUGGAGUGUUGCAAGAGUUUGGGUUCUGGGAGAAGAGAUUGGGCAGGAAAUGUGUCAAAAGCUCCUGAAAGCCUCCUCAGCUGGCUGUGUCAGUGCUCAGUGUCCAAUGGGACAUGGUUUGUUCCAGAGGAGUUCUGGACUUCCAUCACUCUUGUUCCUUUUCUUUCCAUAGGAAGCUUUUCCCUGAAGGAAUUUGUCAAAACUCAAAAAUCGCAGCAAAGCACACACACAAAUAGCCUCCCCUGUGUGCUGAGAUGUGAUUUGUGUACUCCAUAAACCCCAGUGGGCACACGGGGGGUGCCUGCAAUCCCAUUUCUAGUGGGGUUGAGGGACAUGGUUUUCUUGUACCUCAGUUCACCAAAAUGGUCUUCUUUAGAGGCAAGAACCUUCCUUCAAGCCAACCGAAGCUGAAGCUGCCUUACUUUUUUUCAGACUAACAGUUCCAGAGAAUGCAGGUGUCUUUCAUGGUUUCCUGUUUUUUUGUCAAUUUAAAUAAAAAAGUGAAGUUGCUUAACUUCCACAAUUGGGUAAGCCCACAUCUGAUUGACAUUUGAGCUUUUAGCUGGUGUGACAGAUUGUUCUCACAAAGCAAGUGGUUAAAGUGGUGUGCUGACACUUGGGGAGCUUUCCAGCAGCCCUUCCAUGGUGGGAGCUGUCAGUUAAUGCUCUGAGAGAAUGGGAAGCUUUUCCUCAAAAGAAGCUCCAGUUACACCAGAACCCAUUUGCCCUACCACCACUGUCCCUACCACUGCCCACACCCCUACAGCUGAUUUCAGAGCUGCAGAAGAGAGAUGCUGGAUUAAUAACCACGAAAUACUGUACGUGUCACUGGCCUUCAUCUCUGGCAUCCUCCUGACUGUCCUGGUUUUUGCAAUCAUCUUCCUCUUCAGGAAAAGUUCUAAAAGAUCCCACCAAAAUUUACCACAGGAAACCUUCACCCAGAGGGCAGCUGAGGAAUCUCUUAGGAGCACCCAGAAUGAAGUGACCUACAGCACUCUGGUCUUCCAGCAGGGCAGGACACCGCUGCCUGUGUGACGAGCAAGUUCCAAGUGAAAUCAGAAUGCUCCCACUUUCUGGACAGCAAAAGCCACGAGGAUGUUACACCAAGGGAAGGCCCUGGGAAUGCCCCCGUGCCCUCUGUAACACAGCUCUUUUUGUAGCUAUGACAGGAAAUUGUCUCCUGUUCAAACUGGCUGCCAACAGCUGCGGGCAAAUGGAGUUUCUGUACAGGAUUUCUUCAUCUGUAGAAAUCUCCCUGCCCUUGUAAAGUUUCCGUUUGUGAGAACUGCCAGAGAGAAAUGAGAAAUGAAAAUGUUUCUCUGCAUCUA